AUGCAGCCGACAUCUAUUUACGCGAUCAUCGCAGGCUCGAUGGUCCUUCUUCUCAUACUUCUGAAGCUCCGGCAGAUACUACUUCUCAUACUUAUGAAGCUCUGGCAAAUACUGCUUUUAGGGAAGACUUCUUUCCAAAUCUUCGUUGCACGUCAUAUCACAUACCCAUAUGUUCUUGGUCGUUAUAGGCUGAUCGGGCCCUGGAGCCGAGGAAUCAGCCUUAUUCAUAUCACUUAUAUCACCACACACGUGGUCAUUAUAUUGUUCCAAGACCGCUCUUUAACAGGAGUGAGGAAUAGCGCGGGGGUUCUAUCGUUAAUUAAUUUAUUACUACCCUUGAGUUCGAUUCACCUGAGUUAUCUCGCAGACAUUCUAGGUUUAUCUCUCGGCAACCUUCGACGUCUACAUCGUUCAAUGGGCUGGAUGAGUACUGGACUGCUUCUGCUUCAUAUUGGAGCCUCAUUUCUGGAGCAAGCCCCGGAAAGAACAAUAUUCAAUUCUCUUGGCUGGUCACCAGUAAUUGGAGGUGCGAGCUUGGGACUUUUGGUGCUGCUGUCGCUUCCUACAGUUCGAAAGCUAUCAUAUGAGGUCUUUCUCCGUCUACAUCAAGCUCUUGCUGUCUUAGGCUUUUAUGGGAUAUGGCAACAUGUCCCUACAACACAUCUCUUCCCUAGGUUUUAUGUUUAUCUAACACUAGGAUGUUUUGCAACUACACUCACAAUGCAGUUCCUCACAGUUCUAUAUCAAAACGGUUUAUUCUCUGGUCGUGGAUCCCCACGUGCUAUCGUGACCUGCCAACCCGCCGCUAUAAUGAGAAAUACCUCAGUCACGAUAAAGCUUACACUCCCAAGGCCAGUGAAAGUACUGCCUGGACAGUAUAUUAAUAUCUGGUUACCAUCAGUUAGCCUUGGAUCUUGGAUGCAAAGCCAUCCAUUGACAGUUACCUCAUGGGCACCUGAAAAGCAAGAGACGUUUGAAUUACUACUACAGCCCCAGAAAGGACAAUCUGCCUCCCUUUAUCGGCAAGCGAGGGCUAUUGACGCAGCUAGCUCAUUGUCUUUGAUGGCGCUAUGGACCGGGCCCCACGGUAUCACCUACUCAGUGGAGGAAUACGAAAAUGUUAUUCUUAUAGCUAGCGACGCCGGCCUGGCCGCCGUGACUCCCUAUAUUUCGAUGCUAAUACAUGGCUACAACACCCGCACAAUGCAUAUUCGGCGGAUUCACCUUAUCUGGCAGGUCGAAGAGCUUGAACACCUCCUCAAUAGGCUACUGAAACAUGACCCUUCAAAAAAUGGCCAUGUCCUGAGCAUCUCGAUCUAUAUCGAGAGGGUCGAGCAAGACCACGGUAAUCUAUCCUUAAGUAGCCACGACCGAGUCUUGCUAUACGAGGGCAUUCCGGACUACGAUGCUAUAAUUGCCUCUGAAUUUUCAGGUGAGGCAAUAGCAAAGUCCUCUAUCGUCAGGGAUGAACACGGCAAGACACUUGUGAUGGUCUCUUCUAUUGAAACUGUACGAGAUCGAAUUCGAGGCAUGGUAACUCGGUAUUUAUCAAGCAACAUUAGUAUGGUUGAAAUGGAAUAUCAGCCGUGA